AUGUCUCACUCUGGCGUUGUCGUGGCUGCGUCCGUCGCAAAGCUCUGCCCCUCCCCAAUGCCAAUGGCCAUGGACCCCCCAGGCGAGGUAGCGUCCAACUACAACCGCUGCGGUGCGGGCGGGGCCCCAGAGAUUCAGCGCACGCGAGCGGCGGCUGCUCCGUCGCCUACAAUGCCCAGGUACCGGUACCAAAUUACGGCUCAGCGACAGCGCUUCGGCGCCUUGCCCAGAGCAGUAGCCAGCUGCGUGGUGGGUGGGGACCGCCAGCGCUGUCUCGUCGCAAUACUAGCAGCAAAAAGAGGCGCCUCCAAGGCGGCGUGGCUGUCAGAGCCAGAGACAGCAGCAAUGGGGGCGGCUGAGGACCCAAGCCAAGGACCUAAGGCCUCUUCCCAGAUCCCGGCCCAGCGCCAGCGCCAGCUCCGGGCUCUAGACCAGACUCCUGGCGCUGGGCUGCCGACACACCCCACGGCCGUGAUGGAUCAACUGCUGAUGCUGAUGAAGAGGCUGCCGUGGUAG